CCAAGCGAUGGCGCUGGCCCGGCGGCAGAGUUUCUUGCGGCAUUGAGGGCUUGCGGCGUCUUGAAAGAUCUGGAACUCGGCAAGAUCAUCGCGGGCAAGGUGUGGAGAGAUUGGAGAAGCUCGGAAGUUCUUUGACAGUCACAUCCAGUUCCGCGAUGCUGCUCCCUGGAACGCGAUGAUCCUGGGAUAUGUGAGGAACGAUCGGAGCUCUCUGGCGCUGGAACACUUUGCCAGGAUGAGAGGAUCGGCUUGCGAGCCAGAUGGUCGAUCGUUUGUGGCUGGAUUGGCGGCUUGUUCUAGCCUGGCAACGAAAGAACAGGGAGAGCUCAUCGAUGGAAAGCUCGUGAAACUGGAGAGUUUGGCGAGAGGGAUGGCUCUUUACUCUGACGCUGCGAAGAAGGAUUGUCACACAGAGAUCUUCGUCGCGAACUCCAUGCUGGAUUUGUGUGGGAAAUGCGGGAGCUUGGUGGAUGCUCGCAAGAUUUUCGACAACAUGGACUGCCACGACGUGGUCUCGUGGACGUCGCUGAUCCUGGUCUACGCGGAGAACUGUGAAGAAGAAAUCGCUCUCGAGUUGAUCGAGCUUAUGGAGUGCAGUGGCUGCUCUCCAAACUCUCGGACGUUCGUGGCCGGAUUGAUGGCUUGCUCGAGUUUGGCAGUGAAAGAUCAUGGCAGGCUUCUCAAAGUGAGGUGCCUGGAGAAAGGCAGGGAUUUGCACCGUCGAGCAGUGGAAAGUGGCUGCGGGGGUGAUGUUUUCGUGGCCAGCGCUCUCAUCGACAUGUACUCGAGGUGUGGAAGCUUGGUGGACGCCGAGAACGCCUUCGCAACUAUCACACCUUCUCGCGAUGGGGUUCCGUGGAACGCACUGAUCCACGGGUGUGUUCUCAACGGCAAGAGCGAGCUGGCUCUGGAGAAGUUCCAGCGGAUGAAAGCCACUGGCUGCGCUCCAAACGAUCGAACUUACAUUGCCGUGCUCGUGGCUUGCUCGAGCUUGGCCACUGCUUCCAAGGAAGAAGAAGAUGGACGAGGUUUUUCCAAAGCGAGAUGCUUGGAGAAAGGACUGGCAAUCCAUGCCGAAGCUGCGAAGUCCCAGCUCGAUUCAGACGCCUACGUCGCGAGCGCUCUGGUGGAGAUGUACGCCAGGAGUGGAAGCAUGGAGGACGCUCUUGCCGUUUUCCGGAAGAUGGUGCCAUGCCCGUCGGUGACAGCUUGGAACUCGAUGAUCUUGGGAUAUGUAGCAAGCGGGGAGAGCGAUGUAGCUCUCAAGUUCUUCGCCAGCAUGGACGAGCGGCCGGAUUCACAGAGUGUGUGUCGAGCUUAGCCGCGAGAGAAGAAGGGGACGAUCAUCGGAGAAGGAAGAGUUUCUGGCUCCAGAGAGGGAUUGAUCUUCACGAUCGAGCAGCCGAGCAGGGGUGUGAUUCCGACGUCUACGUCGCAUGCACGCUGGUGGAUAUAUACUCCAAGUGUGGUAGCAUGGAUCGAGCUCGCAGAGUCUUUGACGGGAAGUGAGAUCCAGCGAGCGUGAGCGUGGUGGCCUUGAACGCGCUGCUGCUGGGCUAUGCCGAGAAUGGAGAACCCGAGCUGGCUCUGGAGAUCUUCGAGCGCUACGAAGAAACGUCCCAAGUUAAAGAGAGAACAUGUGGCGUGCUCGAGCAUGGUGAAAUCGAUAGGAGUUCCCGAGCGGCGAAAUCUUCUCGAGAGAGGGAGGAGGAUCCACUCAAGAGCCAGGAGGAAGUUCUUCGAUGACAACGUCUUCGUCGCCUGUGAGGGAGAUUUUCUAGUUGUACACCAGGAGCUCACUCUUGACAUGAACAUACCCAAAACUUGGAUGUUUCAGCCUCCAGUAUACAAAAGAUCAUACCCACCAAAUAUACAUGAUGUGAUCCAAUAUUUA